AUGGUGACGAGGGAAACGCCUGUAAGUAAUCAAAUGCUUCGGUCCCUCUGUGGAUGCCGAACAAACCGCGUGGACGACAAAGACGUCAUCGUCGUUGAAGACUACCGUAACACGAACCUUUACAGUUUGCCUGCUGAUCGUGAAAUGAUAAGGCCCUUCCAUGAAUCCAUUCUGAAGCUAUUACCGGCAAAAUUCAUGCUGAUAAUAAAGCUGUCGAGAGUAUUCCUGUAUACUUCUAACAAAGUUCUCAGUCGCUCACUAGUCGGAGCUCUGCUCACGUCAUUGGAGAAAAUGAAUUUGAAGUUGGUCCAGGCAGCGAUGAUCAGCCCGAGCCACGAUAUUCUCAAGAAGUCAGCAAUUCUCAAGAAAGUCGGACGUCAGAAGGAAGUAUGCCUGAUAUCGCUAUGGCGUGGAGGCGAUUCAUUCAAACAUGUUCACAAUGCAGCCACCCGAUUUUGCAGAGAGUACGCCUUUGUUCUGGAUGUCGACAUUGCUAUGACUGACUCCACAAAAUCAACACGCAAAGAAGCUGAGCUGUGGAUACCAACACCGGCAUCAAUACCAACAACAACGAACACUCCCGCAGAUAACGUCGGAAACGCAGAGCCCAUCACCAACGAGCAACCACCCAAUUUAGAAGAGGAGAAUCCGGCUCCAGCUGGUGAUGUCGAUCCAGCUGUAAUUUUGCCCAAUGUUGUACAAGAUCCUGAAGAUGUUAUACUUGUUCGAGAAAGUUCUACGGCUGAUACUGUGCCCGUAGGUGAUACAGUUGAUCGCAUGACUCCACCAAAUCACGAGUUACCUGAAUUACAGGCUCCUGAAGCAGUAGGAAACCACGCACCUGCACCUCCUGCUACCAAUGGCGUCUGA